AACCCUCUCCUCUUCUCACUUCCUCUUCUGAUGAUGCAGCUCUCCUUCAUCACCAUUAUCACACGCUCCAUUCAUCUCCUUCUCAAGCCCUUCGGCCAACCCUCCAUUGUUUCCCAGAUUCUGGGUGGUGUGAUUCUAGGUCCUUCAAUUCUUGGGCACAACUCGGUAUUUGCAUCAAAAGUGUUUCCAACCAGAGGCAGAACUGUGCUUGACACCUUAUCAGUUUUCGGUUUCAUGCUCUUUAUCUUCCUGAUUGGAGUGAAGAUGGACCCAACCAUGGUCCUAAAAUCAGGAAGAAAGGCCUUAGCUAUAGGAGUUUUAGGCUUCUUUGUACCUUAUGCAUUGGCAGGAGUAGCCGCCCUCAUCAUCAACCAAUGCUUCUCUUUGGAUCAUGAUGUUACGAGUAUUCUUCCCCUUAUAGUGGCAUUACAGUCCAUGACGUCCUUCCCAGUUAUUGCAUGCUUUCUUACAGAGCUCAAGAUCCUAAAUUCAGAGAUUGGACGGCUUGCCUCAUCUUCUUCAAUAAUAUGUGAUGUGCUCCACUGGUCCAUUUUGUCACUGAGGUUCGUUUCUAAGAAGUUGAUGAAUGCGGGUGUGAUUCUGUUGGUUGUUUUUGUUUCUUUCGUUGGGAAGAUCAUAGGAACAAUAUUACCCCCGCUCUUCUGCAGGAUGCCAUUCCGAGAUGCCCUCUCUCUUGCGCUUAUCAUGAACUCCAAAGGCAUUCUCGAACUUGCCAUGCUGACUAAUUGGAAGAAAGACAAGGUGGACGAAAUGGCAGUGGAGCUAGGGUGUAGGGUGGGGCAGCUGCCUGCAGUCUACCUGGGGCUACCACUGGGGGCGCCAAAUAAGGCCACUUCCGUGUGGGAUGGGGUGGAAGAGAGAGUGAGGAGGAGACUUGCCAUUUGGAAACGCUAA